UGUCCCACUGACGUGUCUCUGCUCGACUCUCCACCAGAGAUUGUUUCAUCCAACAACGGUGUCUUUCUGCUUUGGCUGAGGAUGGCAAUGAGGGUCAUUUGGGCAGCAGUUCUACUCACUUACGGAGUCUCUACAGGAGAUGCAAUGGUCAAUCAACCUGGGCCGAGCACUCAGUCUCUACUUCCACUGGACAAGGCUCCGAACUCUGUUGACGACAUGUACGAUGGCUGCAAUGACAAAAUGGAGAAGGUGGCGACACAAUACCUGCAGAACGAGAGGAACGGAGACAGCCUUUUCAAAAAGGUCUGGGACGACGCGGAGAACAAGUUCGACAAAAAAUGGAAAAAAGGGUUAAGCCUCGGAAAAGAACAGGUCAUAGCUAUUUAUGUGUACACCUUUAUCAGUGGAGACAUGUAUCGGCCUUUUAAUGAAGCAGUUCGAACCCAGGGGCCUCAGUACACGACCACAUUCAAGUAUCACGCGCUCCACUUUUACCUGACUGACGUCAUUCAAAAGCUCAACGCUCUCAGGCUCUCAAAGCUCGUCAAGGGAGAGGACAAAUGUCUCACCGUCUACCGUAGAGUGGACGAGUACUUCAGCCAAGACGUCGUCAACAAGGCGGUUCGCUUCGGCUCUUUUACCUCCAGUCGGUACGGAGACUACCCCAAGGAGAAAUUUGGAGACAAGUCGUGUUUUAAGAUUGUCACGUGCAUGGGAGCAGACGUCUCAAAGCACUCCAGAUUUGAGAUCGAAGCAGAGGUGCUGAUUCCUCCGUACGAGGUCUUUAAAGUCACAAAGAUAAAGAGGAGAUCCGAGCAGCCGGGUCUCCAGUGUGAGGUGGUCUAUACUCUGAAGAGUACAGGACCACCCGUUUCCAAUUAUAAUUGUGCUCUUUUUCCAAAAUAAGCACCAAAACAUUUGACGUGCAGUUAACAUAACAUGUAACAUUUAGGAUUCAGGAUGCGCCGUUUUAUUGAAAAUUAUUUCUAUUUUUAAAAAAUAACUAAUUUGUUAGCAUUGACAUUUGAGUAAUUCCACAUGCUGUGCAACAAGUGUUAAAGAACUAAAAACACUGGUCCUUAAAGUUGUGUUAAAAUGGAUCUGAAUUCAAAUAUCUUUUGCCCAUGUCAUCAUCUGUAUGUAGAUUGGAUGCAUAACCUGUCCUAUAAAGUUACUGUAUGUAUGUAAACUGUCCAAAAGAAUAAUUAAACAUCUUUGCAUUUCACAA